AUGGGCUGCGGGCAAUCAAGUGGUCGACCACCUCCACCAAACACCGAGCUAAAAAAACAUUCUGUGGUUCGUCGAGCAAGCCCUGUUGCUCAACCGUCCUUGUACAAGAGCUCACCUAGAAUAAAACGUCCGAAAUCGCCUCCACAGGGCCCUCAAAUCACUAUCAAAUCAGCCAUUUUAAUUCAAAAAUGGUAUAGACGAUGUGAAGCUCGUUUGGAAGCUCGUCGAAGAGCAACAUGGAGUAUCUUCACUACUCUUGAAUACGCUGGAGAGCAAGAUCAGCUACAAUUGUACGACUUCUUCAGUGAUGUAAUCACUGCAAUGGCUAGCAAUGAUUCAAAACCUGAGAUUAACAAUUCUUCAAUUACAAACGCUUUGCAAUCAUUUUCUUCAAGAGAAGAUGAUGAGGAGACAACCAAAAAGUUAUUGGAAGAAACCCAACCAAACCAUUUCCAAAUUGAGAAAGGGUAUAAAGGACCCACAAUCAGCUUACCUCUCGAUAAAAACCAAAUAGUUAAUAUGAUUGAAGCUUUCAAGUUAAAUAAAGUAAUGCAUCCCAGAUAUGUUUUAACAAUCCUACAUGAAGCUAGAAGGGUUAUGAAGACGUUACCUUCUGUACUUCGACUGUCCACUUCCAUAUCGAACCAAAUCACAAUUUGUGGAGAUUUACAUGGAAAGUUUGAUGAUCUCUGCAUCAUUCUGUAUAAGAAUGGCUAUCCCUCAGUCGACAAUCCCUAUAUUUUCAAUGGUGAUUUUGUGGAUCGCGGCGGACAAUCUAUUGAAGUCAUGUGUGUAUUAUUCUCAUUACUGAUUCUCAAUCCAAAUUCCAUCACUUUAAACAGAGGAAAUCAUGAGGACCAUAUAAUGAAUUUGAGAUAUGGAUUUAUUAAAGAACUGACAACUAAGUAUAAGGAAUACGCCACUCCCAUUACAAAGCUAUUGGAAGAUGUCUUUGCUUGGCUUCCGAUUGCAACCAUCAUUGACAACGAAGUCUUUGUUGUUCAUGGCGGAAUAUCUGAUACAACUGAUAUUUCGAAGUUAGAAAAGAUCCCGAGGCAUAAGUAUCAUUCCGUCUUGAGACCACCAAUUGUUAAAGACGAUGGAAAGAACGGCGUCAACGUUGAUGAAUGGAGACAAAUGUUGGAUAUUUUAUGGAGCGAUCCGAAACAGAACAAAGGAUGUUGGCCAAAUGUUUUUCGUGGGGGUGGCUCUUACUUUGGUGCGGACAUCUCCGCCGACUUCUUACAAAGGAAUAAGUUUAAGAUGAUCAUACGAUCUCAUGAAUGCAAAUUUGAAGGCUAUGAAUGGUCACACAACAAUAUGGUAUUAACAGUGUUCUCCGCUUCGAACUAUUACGAAGUAGGAAGUAACAGAGGUGCUUACGUCAAAUUGAUUGGGAAGACCAAACAGCCUCAUUUUGUACAAUACAUGGCAAGUAAAACUCAUAGAAAAACGACGUCAAGACAGAGACUCGGAUUGGUUGAAGAAUCAGCCAUUAAAGAGUUGCGUGAAAAGUUAAGCUCGUUCCAAUCACAAUUACAAAAGGCGUUUGAGGCAGCUGAUGAUGAAAACAAAGGUCAGCUGUCUAUUCAUGUUUGGGCCGAAACAGUACAGAGAGUGACCGGAUUACAAUUACCUUGGAGGGUAUUAGCCAUGAAAUUGGCAACGUUAACACUAGAUGGUCGAUAUGUUUUGUACAAUGAAAACAAUUCAUGCGUCCAAGUAGGAAAAUCAGCUACCACCCAGGAUUCUGACGUGGUUGAAUCUUUGUACCGUCAUAAGAACACAUUGGAGACGUUAUUCCGGUUUAUGGAUAAAGACAAUUCCGGACAGGUGUCUAUGCAGGAGUUCAUAGAUGCUAUUGAAGUUCUUGGAAAGUACACAAAGCGAACAUUCUCAGCUGCUUAUGUGCGCCAAAUCGCGGAGUCAAUAGACUUCAACAAAGACGGAUUUAUUGACCUUAACGAGUUAUUAGAAGCAUUCCGAAUAGUUGAUAUGGAUAAUAAUCGUACCCACAUGCCACAAAUCCCUAUCGCAAUCAUCUAG